AUGAUGCAGAUGAAGAGCACUCCAUUGCACAGAACCCGUUGGGGCAUGACUCAGCCUGGUUACAACAAUUACAAAGCACCCUCUAAGGUGGUUACGAUUCCGGUUCACUUCGUGUCCUCAGAGAGCACAAGAACCGGUUCUGCAACAAAGAUUCAGAAGGUGGUGAGAGGGUUCCUUGUGAGGAACACCAUGAGGAAGAUAAGUGGCAUGAGGGUGGAGUUGGAGCGGAUCGAGAGGGAGAUUAGCGUGGAAGUGUUGAGGAGGGAACAGAGAGAGAGGGUGAGGGUGGUUGAAACCAUCAUGAACUUGCUUCUCAAGUUGGAUUCUGUUAGGGUUUUGCACUAUCCUGGCCUCAGGGAGUGCAGAAAGUCUCUCAUCAAAAAAGCUAUUGCCCUUCAAGAAAUGGUUGAUCAAAUUGGUGUGAUUGAUUCUGAGAAAGAGGGUGAGUGUGUGGGAGAAGAGAAUUGUCUGAAGGAUGAGGAAGCCGAGAAGAAUCAGGAGGUAGAUAAGGAGAAAGAGGAGGAAGAGGGUAUGUGCAUGGAGGAAGAAUGCCUUGGCUUUGGAUCAAGUUUGGUUGAGGAAAAGGACUGUGAGGAAGGUGAGGGAAUUGAAGGUUUGAGAAAUGAGGAGGAUUGUGAAGGUGAGGAAAUUGAAGGUUUGAGAAAUGAGGAGGAUUGUGAAGGUGAGGAAAUUGAAGCCAUGGUUGGGGAGAAUUGUUUGGUGAAAGACGAGGAAGGGGAUUGUGAGGGUGGAAGAGAUGAAGGAAAAGAUAAGAGGGAGUUGUUGGAGAAGAUGGUGGAGGACAAUGAGAAGAUGAUGGAGAUGAUGGCACAAUUGUUUCAGAGGAAUGAGAUACAAACAAGGCUUCUAACCUCUCUCAUACAAAGAGUGGAACACCUGGAGAGAGCAUUUGCUUGUGAGAAGCUGAGGAAGAAGAAAAAGAGAAAUGGUGGUGCCAAAAAUAGACAAUCUGACCCUAGAAAUGGCUUCAUCGGAUUCUGA